AUGGUUGCAAAAAAGGGAGGCGCAAAGACAAUUUCUAAAAAGCAAACAACUAAAAAUGUGACGAAAUCCGCUAAGGAGAAACCUGCACAGAGAAAGACACCUGUACCAAGCAAACAACCUCUGAAACCAAAAAAAUUAAUUAAUAAGAAGGAAAAUGUCAUCAAGACGAAAAAAGAAAAACCAUCCACCACAAAAAAGGUGAAGAAACCCGUUCCAAAAAAAACCAUAAAAAAGAAGUAA